AUGAAGGCCGCACCACCGGAUACUGAGAUCCCUUACGAUGGCAGUGAGUCCUAUAGUCUCUGGUCCCAGUACAUGCUCGACCCCGUCUCGUGAUCGCCCCGCUCCGGUGUCUUGCGGACUCCGCAAUUUGCCCGGUUUGGCACUGGGCAGUCGCCCGCAGUGGGGAAUCUCAGGAAUCCCCACUUUGUGCCAGGCCAACAGCAUUUGCAUCGCAAAAGCUGACUCGCGCGCACAUGACCAUGCAACUUAAUCCAUCUCAGAGGAACAUCAAUGGGCACUCAAGAGGGAGACGCGUCUCAACGGAAAGAUCAUCAGCACCAUGCCUAACGUGUUCAUUAUCGGCCUCACGAUCUGGGUCAAUCAAUCGACCUUCGGCCACGAAGCCUACAAAGCCCUGAACCGUUCCUUCUCACCCUACACUAUCAACCUGUGGGGUACCUUCAUCAUCACCAGCGUCGUGUAUUGGAUCGGGGGCUUGAUCUUCAUGGCGUUUGAUCUGUACGACCCUCUACACAACGUAUUGAAACCUUACAAGCUUCAACCGGACAAGCGCGUCUCGGUGGCCGACUACAAGAAGGUAUGCUGGAUCGUCUUGAGGAAUCAAAUGGUCGUUGCCUUGCCUAUGACGUGGGCUAUGGCGACGUAUCGACGUCUUUCGACGACCGCGCCUUUACCGGGGGCGUUCGAGACCUUCUACACGUACAUAUUUUGCACGCUUUGCAUGGAGGCCGGGUUUUUCUACGUUCAUCGCUUGUUCCAUCACCCCAAGUUGUACAAGCAUGUUCACAAGUUGCAUCAUCGUGAGUCAAUCAGAUCGAUGGGUCAAGACUCGGUGUCGUAUCGCGGAACAGGUUGCUGAGCUCGAACUUGCAUGCGCUCCUAUCCUCCGCCUCGCAGAAUUCACCGCCCCCGUCGCGCUCUCCUCGACCUGCUGCACCCUCCCUGAACACCUCUUCAGCAACCUCCUCCCCAUCGUCCUGGGGAUCAUGAUUCUCGGCGCGCACUGGUCCUUGAUGAUCAUGUUCUUCUGCUCGCUCGAGCUCGGCACGCUCAACACCCACUCGGGCUACAACUUUGUCGGCGGCUUCAGCGCGCUCCAACACGAUUGGCAUCACUAUGCUUAUACCGAAAAUUUUGGGCCCACUGGUAAGUUCUUUGAAGAGGACUUUGCACGUCUGUCGGUCAUUCCGCACGAGCAUUGUGUGAUCAGACGUUGGGACGCACUGUGACCUUGUCUCAGAUCGCCUCGUCAACGGUCGAGGUGAUGGGGACCGUGCUCGGGAUUACUGUGCUCGGGAUUACGAGUCAGCUCCCUGUCUGUCUCUCGACUCUAGAGCUCACACCAACGCGCACGGUCGGGUCCUUGUUGACAUCCGUGGGUUUGCCUUUCCCCGCUCUGUACCCUUUCCAGGCAUCUUGGAUAAGAUCUACGGCACCAAUAAGGCUUUCACCUCAUGGAUUGAGGAAUUGACCCGACGGGAGAGCGGGCCAACUGGCUCCAGUGAGGAGGAUGUAAUCUCCCAGGCGAGGAAGGAGUUGGCGAGGAAGGAGGACGCGGGUGAGACAUUCGUACCUAGUGUCUUGUAA